AUGCUCGCAUGCGAAGACGAUUCUCGUCUCAUGACGCGUCGGGCCAUGGCCGCCGUGGCGCCGUCAUAUCGCCUGCCGCCUGAAGCGGAGUGCACGGCCCUCGCCUGCACCGAAUGCUCCUUCUGCUUCAUCAUCCCGCGGACCUCGCUGCUGAACUCCACGCUGCCCGGCGCUAAUCAUGUAUCCUGCCCAUUGUGCCGUUCCCCGUGUCACGAGCUCCCUUCCGCAGGCAGUAUCAGCGGCAGCAGCAGCGACGCGUCUACGGGGAAGGAAAUCAUGCCAGGCGUGGUUGAAGCAGGGCUCCUUAAUGAGGGCGCUGCUGCUGUGAAGAGUGGCUUGGUGACUGCGGAGGGCGAAGAGGGCUUUGUCGACUCUGUAAUGGUGCAGGCAGUCGGCUGUGCGGAAAACAACACCGAAAGUGAUGGGGCUGAUGGGGCCGAACGGGAAGAGCGUGGCAAGCGCGCGGAAGAUCCUUCGGAAACGAAGGCAGAGGCAGGGGAUAUGGUAGGUGAGGGAGACGCUGGGAAAGGCAAGGGGAAAGUGGGAGAGAUGGAAAGUGCAGGAAAGGAGCACGUGGUGGCAACUGAGAUGGAUGGCGGCGACGGUGAGGAUGCUGGUUUGGCUGGGGCUGGCGGUGCGGGGGGAAGUGCUGUUGCUGCGAGCACUGGCGUGCCGGCAGCAGCAGCGAGUGAGGGGGGAGCAGAAGGGGGGGAAGCAGAAGAGAGGGAAGCAGCAAGUGAGGGGGAAGCAGAAGAGGGUGAAGCAGCAAGUGCGUCCGUCACCCCAGUGGCGCCGGCAGCUCCUGUGGCAGCAGUAUCAGCAACGGUGCCAACCACAGCACCCAUUGCUCCCCCUAUGGCAGAACCCUUGAUCCAAUCAUCAGCGCCAGCAGCAGCCCCAGCAGCAGCUGGGGAAGGAGCAGGAGCAGCUCAGGGAAGGCACGCAUCAAGCCAACAGGGGCCGCCUAAUGCACGCUCGGCCGUGGCGCAACACAGGGAGCAUGGCGCCAAUCCUCGUAAUGACAACGGCGGGGGUUAUGCCUACCAGAGAAUGAUGAUGGGCGGUGGCAGUGGCAGCGGGCCAGAUGACGGGCUGGAGAACGUGGUGGUUGUAGGGCUGUCAGCACUUCUCGCCGCAGGCGCUUUCUUUCUCACGAAGAAGGCUGAUAAACCCCCUCCCAAACGGCGGUGGGCCUUCUUCUGA